UGCGGGCGCCAGACAGCCCUGAUUUACAUACUAGUGAAAACCCAAGGUUGAGCCGCACAUAUCCGGCAUAUGUUUGAGAAAGGGUGGCUUGCGCGAUGCAACCUGUGUCCGUUUCGCGUCGCGUGCAGAUCUCGGACUGGCAAAGUUGUCGACUUCGUAGAGCCUUCCCUCGAUGUUGCCAGUCUUCAAAGUUGUCAGACAGCUAUAUCCCACUACCUGCCGAGUCCGAUUCGAGAGGUACAGUUUUAACUAACUGGUAUCAUUAAUACAGUUCUAACGUACAACUGUCCUCGAGCGGAAGGGCAGAAAGUAAGGCGUCUCGUCGCGCGCCUGUCCUCGCUUGUCUCCGAGUCGUGUCGUCUCAUGACUCGUCCGCAGACGUGGCAGCUAGGCAAACGUCGUUCCAUAAGGAGCAGAGCGGACGCGGCGGAUCGACCGAAUGGGACAGCAUGUGUGAUGUGUCGCCUCGCCAGUGACCAGAGCAGGGACGACGACAGCCGUAGCGCUGCUCCCGAAACAGCGACCAAGAAAACCGUAUAGCGCGUUAUUCGUAAUACACUACAGUACAGUACCUACAAUUUCCAGAGGUACAGUAGACUGGUAACCGCCAUUCUAUCCACUCCGAUUCAAUCUGUGCUGCGCGCACGCGUCAUUCUAGUGCGUGUAUCAGUACGAGCAUUAGUCGAUUCCGAGCCAACUGCUGCCCUGUAUCAGUUGGCUCGGAGCAGUGAUGUGCCUUCCAGUGCCACUUGAAACCUCCAGCGCCGCAUACUCACAUGUGCGGAUGUAUGCCGCCAUGAUGUGCUUUCACAAUGCAAGCUCCAACGCACAUGCUGCCACUGGUGCGUCUCUAGUCCCGCUGUCUCACCACGUCAGCAGCAACUCGCGCGCUGCUUCCCCACGUCAGCAACGGAUCCGAUGAAGAUCGCGCCGAUAUCCGCCUAGCUGCAGCCUGAUCAAGAUGGCAUGUUCCGAGAAGGUCUCCACUCACUACCAACUGCCUUACCAUGAAAUGGAUCAUCUCUCACUCCUCCUCUCACUCCUCCUCUCACUCCUCCUCUCACUCCUCCUCUCACUCCUCCUCUCACUCCUCCUCUCACUCCUCCUCUCACUCCUCCUCUCACUCCUCCUCUCACUCCUCCUCUCGCUCCUCCUCUCACUCCUCCUCUCACUCCUCCUCUCGCUCCUCCUCUCACUCCUCCUCACUCCUCCUCUCACUCCUCCUCUCACUCCUCCUCUCGCUCCUCCUCUCACUCCUCCUCUCACUCCUCCUCUCGCUCCUCCUCUCACUCCUCCUCACUCCUCCUCUCACUCCUCCUCUCACUCCUCCUCUCACUCCUCCUCUCACUCCUCCUCUCGCUCCUCCUCUCACUCCUCCUCUCACUCCUCCUCUCGCUCCUCCUCUCACUACCAGCCUUAUCCCCAAUUUCAUGUGCAGCCUUGGCUCCCCUCACGCUUAGCUCAACUUGUCCGGGCGUGCAGCCUUUAGCGAGAGGAGGUGGCGUGGCGAUCGUUCUAGAAGUUAAGAAACCUACCAGGCCCAUCAUGUAGACUCUGUACCCUGGAAUCCGGGGUGGUGCGAGUUAGCAGCAGGCAGGCUCGGUCUAGAUAUAAAAAGCGACCCGGACCUGUCACUUUGGAUUACCCUCAUUGCUGUUCAGCGCCCUUCAGUGCUCUCGAGCGGAGCUCGAACCUUCACCCGAGUCACCCCUCUCACACACGCUUCUGCGUGAACGUUGGUUAUCCAGAGCAUAUACAGCCGCCUCAACUCACCACUCGACUUCGGGUGAAGCACUCUUGCAGCUGGCCCCUUUCACAAUCAACUCAAGCUCUUUUUGCCCCGUAUUCAAGCCAGCCGCAUCCAUCCAUCCACUCAUGGCGGUCGCGGAGAGCCCCAUGCACCUCUUGAGGGGGACAUACCAACGGAAUCUCGGGCACGAGCGAAUCCAGCCACGGCAGGAGUGUCUCUGCUUAGUCCAGGCGGUUUUCCCAGACUUGGAGCUUAACCAGCAGCCCCAGCAGCUCCAGCUCCAUCAGCAGCAGAAGCGGCCCGCCAGCCUCUUAUGGCAUCAUGGGGCAGGGAAGAGACGGCGCCUGGGUUGGAGUGGGGAACAGCAGGGAAGACAACCUCUCCCUCCGAACCUCAUGCCGUACUGCUGUGAUUUAACUGCUCGUGGUGCCGCUGGUGGUACUGCUGCCACUGCUGCUGGUGAUACUGCUGCCGCUGCUGCUGCCUUCCCUGCACUAUUCCCUAUCGCUUUCUCUCAGCCUACAAAGGACCACCACGUUCCGUCCUUUGCCGGGCUCCUGAAUUCCAUUUCGCCUGCCCGGCAACACCAAUGCCGGGUCAUCUCCGCCCCUGCUGCCUCUGCCAUCUGCUCUCCGUGUAUUCCGAGCCACGAAGCAUCGGUGUCUACAGCACUUGCGCAUACGCAGCAGCAAGUGUCUAGGUCGGGGGAUACCUGUGUCCUGAAUAGUGUGACAGGCUGUCGUGACUCUGCAUCGUCUUCCGUGGGCUCUCGUUGCACACAGCAGGAGAAGCAAAGGAAGCAGGAGAAGCAGGAGAUGCAGGGGGGAGAGGAGAUUCAAGAGAGAGGAGUACAAGGAUGGGUUGCGAUGGGGGAUGCAUCGGCAGGCUUGCUUGAUUCUCAAGGGCAACCUGCUGCAGGGCCUGAGAAUCUCUCCAUGCCGGGUUGUCUCUUUAUGCAUGGCAAACUCUCAAUGCCAGAGGAUGUGCCAGGCAAUAGAAGUGAAGCUUCUGAAGAAUCUGAUGAUGAUGAGCUACAAGACACUGCGUCUACUUGAACGAAAAAUGACAUACAAGUCUUCAUGGUUUGCACACCCCUAGCAAUUGUGUUGCAUGUAGCCAAUUUAGAUUUGUGUAGUGUAUUGUGAAGCUUAUGAAGUUAGAUUUGCUGUACCGUACAAAUACCAAUUCAAGUGAUAUGACCCCAA